GGAGCUGCCCGUUUAUAUUAGUGUGUCUCAUCGUCAGGCGACUUGGUGGAGGGACACGAGGAAGAGGAAGAGGAGGCGAGAGGGAGGGAGAGAGAUAGAGAGAGAGAGCGGUCGUCUGGGUGAAACGCUGUGUGUCAUGUCAGUACGUGUGGACCUUGACUGAGCACAGGGAAAGAGAGACAGCAAGGAAGAGAGAGAGUGAGAGAGAGGGACAGAGGAAGGAAGAUUUAAGUCUCCCUGAAGGAGUCGUCAGAAAGCAGGAGCAGAAGGAGGUGAAGUGGGAGUCUUGGGUGAGAGAUUGUUUGAAGGGCAGAAGGACCGAGGGGCUGAACUCUGCCAGUUUUGUAUCAACAGGAGCCACUUUUGGAGGGAGAGCAACAGAGCGAGCAAGGGAGCGAUAGAUAGAUAGAUAGAGAGAGGGAGAGACCUAGCAAUAAAGAGGGAGAGAGACAACACAGACCCCAGAAGAGUGAGAGCUGCUGUCUCCAGCCCAAUUGAGGAUCAGGGACUGGACCUACUGAGUGUGUGUGUGUGUGUGUGUGUGUGUGUGUGUGUGUGUGUGUGACCGGUGGAGGGCAGAGGAGUGGAGGGCCAGGGGACUAACCUGGCCAUCAAACGGACUGGCAGCCUCUCCUCUCCUGGGAUCAUGUACCCUCAGGGCAGGCAUCCGGUCCCCUUGCAGCCUGGCCAGUCUUUCAAGUUCACAGUCCUGGAAACCCUGGACCGCAUUAAGGAGGAGUUCCAGUUCCUCCAAGCACAGUACCACAGCCUGAAGCUCGAGUGUGAGAAGCUGGCCAGUGAGAAGACGGAGAUGCAGAGACACUACAUCAUGUACUACGAGAUGUCCUACGGGCUCAACAUCGAGAUGCACAAACAGGCCGAAAUUGUCAAGCGUCUCAGUGCUAUCUGCGCCCAGAUCAUCCCUUUCCUCUCUCAGGAGCAGCAGCAGCUCCAGCACCUGUCUCACACGCCCGGGCAUCCCCUGACACCCCACCCGUCAGGCCUGUCCCUGGGCGCGGGGGGCUCAGGGCUCCUGGCCCUCACCGGGGCCCUCGGGGUCUCGGCCCACUUGGCCUCCAAGGACGAACCGCAACCAUCUAGAUCCGAGCAUCUGCGAGAGGGAGCACCCAGCAGGAGCAAGUCGGUGUCAUCAACAGACAGCCAGCCCCCCGAGGAGCGCCAGGGCCCGUCGGGAGGAUACUCCUCCUCGCAGGGCCUCACCGACGCCAAAAGGAGGCGCUGUGACGACAAGGAGUCCCUCCCACCCCACUCUUAUGACAGUGAUGGAGACAAGAGUGAAGACAACCUGGUGGUGGACGUCUCCAAUGAGGAACCCAAUUCCCCCGUCGGAAGCCCCCCACACUCCCCACGUGGAAACGGGCUUGACCGGGCCCCCACCCUGAGGAAAGAGCUCCCGGGCUCCCCGGGCCCUGGAGAGGCCCCCUCCUCCCCUAACCCCUGCAGCCCCACCCCAGGGAAGGCCAAGGACCCUGCACAGAUGGAUAAGUCCCAGUCGCCGCUGUCGAAAUCUGGUACCCCGUCCCCGUCCCGCCGUGACGCCCUUACCCCAGGAGCCCCGGGGGCCCCGGGCCCUAGCACCUCCUGCCUUCGCCUGGUUAGCAAAGCCGCAUCCAGCGCAGAUCCCCUGGCCAGUGCUCUCCGUAGUCCCAUGUCCAUGCCCCCCGGUUCCUACCCGGCUCAUUUUGGGGUGGUGUCCCAUGCAGGCCUGAACGGGGAGCUGGCCAGUCCCGGAGGUUUUGGGGGGGCUCUCACCCUCUCCCCCCAGAUCAGCGCGGCCGCCAGCGCCUACACCCGCAGCCCCAUGGUGGCGUAUGAAUCCCGGUCUCACCUCAGGGCCCCGGGGCUGUCCUCCUCUCUGCCAGGCUCCUCCGGUGGAAAGCCUGCCUACUCGUUCCACGUGAGUGCGGACGGCCAGAUGCAGCCGGUGCCCUUCCCCCCGGACGCCCUGCUGGGCCCGGGCAUCCCACGUCACGCCCGGCAGAUCCACACACUGAACCACGGGGAGGUGGUGUGCGCCGUCACCAUCAGCACGUCCACACGCCACGUCUACACCGGAGGCAAGGGCUGCGUCAAGGUGUGGGACAUCAGCCAACCUGGCAGCAAGAGCCCCAUGGCCCAGCUGGACUGUCUGAACAGGGACAACUACAUCCGCUCCUGUAAAAUCCUCCCGGAUGGAAGGACAUUGAUCGUGGGCGGGGAGGCUAGCACGCUGUCAAUCUGGGAUUUGGCCACGCCCACUCCCCGCAUCAAGGCGGAGCUUACGUCAUCUGCCCCUGCCUGCUACGCUCUGGCCAUCUCCCCCGACAACAAGGUCUGCUUCUCCUGCUGCAGCGAUGGGAACAUCGUGGUCUGGGACCUCCACAACCAGACCCUGGUCAGGCAGUUCCAGGGCCACACAGACGGGGCCAGCUGCAUCGACAUCUCCAACGACGGCACCAAGCUGUGGACGGGGGGGCUAGACAACACAGUCCGCUGCUGGGACCUCCGAGAGGGACGACAGCUCCAGCAACACGACUUCACCUCGCAGAUCUUCUCUCUGGGUUACUGUCCGACUGGGGAGUGGCUGGCUGUGGGCAUGGAGAGCAGUAAUGUGGAAGUGCUGCACGUCUCCAAACCUGACAAGUACCAGCUGCACCUGCAUGAGAGCUGCGUGCUCUCCCUCAAGUUCGCCUACUGCGGCAAGUGGUUUGUGAGUACAGGGAAGGACAAUCUGUUGAAUGCAUGGAGGACGCCGUAUGGAGCCAGUAUUUUCCAGUCCAAGGAGUCCUCGUCUGUUCUGAGCUGUGAUGUGUCCCCAGACGACAAGUACAUCGUGACGGGCUCAGGGGACAAGAAGGCCACAGUCUACGAAGUGGUGUACUGAGAGACGGAGGGUUGGUAGUUUGGGGAGGGAUCGUGUCCCCAAACGUCCAUCCAUAGCAGCAGGGGCAACCACGGCAUCCCUGCCUCUGUACAGUAGCCCCGCCUCCUCCCUCUUAGCCCCUUCCUCCUUUUCCAAAGUGACUGACCUUGACUCAACCCCCCCUUCCACACCCUUCCUACCUCUUCCACUUAACUGUGAUGAUAUAAGCUACUUUGGAACAGCUGCCCCACUCCUACCCCACCCCAACACACACAGACACACACACACUUUUCCCUACCCCUCGCCCCACCCCAAAUUCUCAAUUCUUAGCCCGGGGAUAAGAUACAGUCGUGGGCGAGCAAUAGAGAGAGCGAGAGAGGGAGGGCGAGAUGCAGGGAGAGAAACAGAAAGAAGAGGCAUGAUAAGAAGACAAAGACAGAGGGCAGCAGAGCAUGAAGAUAAAAGACAAAAAAGAAGGAGCGGGGGAGAGCGAGAGGGCAUGAGGAAGAGAAAUGAAAAGGGGAGUUGAAAGCGGGGAGGAGGAGGAGAGGGAGGAGGAAGAGGAGCGAGGGUAAUUAGGGCUGUUUCCUGAUUAAGAGCUCAGUGGAGGGGGAGGCCCCCGGAGGAGGUACGGAGCGGGCUCUGUGGGAACGGCAGCCAGGAGCACUGAUACCACACAAUCGAUUCAUUAGCCAGACAGUGGAAGCCUUAAUGAGGCUGACGCCGCAGCCUGCUCUCCCCGGCGAGAGGUGGCGGGAGCUGGGAAACGCCGGCGCUCUUAGACGGCGGAG